GAAUCAAAGAGAAAAAAUAAAUAAAGAAGAAGCAGUAAUUGAUAAUUUAUUAUCACAUUAUGAAGCAGAAUCACACUUUAAAGGUUUAUUUCCUGAUUGGCUAGUAGAAAAGUGUAAAAAUAAUCAUUUUUACUCUACUCAAAUAUCAGAACUUUCAUCAUCAUCUCCAA